AUGUUCGCCAUAAUAAUUAUAAUAAAUUAAAACUGUUUAAUCUACAAAAAACGAACCUAACAUAAAAAUAAGCGAAUAAUUUAAAAUUCUAGAAAAAAGAUUAAGUUGUAUAAAUUUAGAAAAAGCUUUAGAAAAAUACCAAAAACGAACAUCUUAAACAAACAUCCUAUAUUAAAUACAAAAUAUUUAAAAAAAUUAAUAAUUAAUCUAAAAAAUAAAUUGUAAUUUAUGUAAGACUAAAGAAUUAUUUUAAAGAAAAAAGCAUAAAAUAGUAAAUUCGCGACUCUACUAAAAAUAUGCAUCUUCCCAAAACUAUUAUUAUACAAAAGACAUAAACGAUAUUUUAAUAAGUAAUAGAACAAAUGCAGUUAUAUAUUAAAAAGACAUAAUAUUAUUAGACGAAUAAGAAGAAUAUUUAAAGAGAUUUUAUUUUGUGUAAGAAUACCCAAACAAAUCUAAAUUGCUUACAGAAUAUUAUAAAUUCCAUAAAGAUAUUCCAAGGUUAUUUUUUAUGCCUGAAAUGAAUAUAUUGAACAAAUAUCAUGACAAAAAAAGAAGAUAUGAAUAUUAUAGAAUUGCACAAAUAAUAGAAUAAGAAAACAAACGAAAUCCGAAUAG